GUUCUGCAAAAGGAACUCCUGUAACUGCAGCAGCACUGACUAUAAACGUGCUCUAUUUGCAUUAUAUAUGGCUCGCAGCUGAAAGUGGACAUUGAUUCAAAACGAUUGAUUAGUAACUUUUAUGAUGCUUCUCUGGGAGCUUUUUCUACUAGUGUAUUGUCCAUGCAGUCUAAAGUGCUGCCACCUUCUCAGCAAGUGUGCCAAGAAGGGGCCUGUUUGUCUGCCUUAAAUAGGCAGUCACUCUGCCUCUUGGUUUUUGGCUGCUCUGUUCUCGUGCAGGUUGCUGGUUUACUUCUCAGAUGCUGCUAGGGUGGGAGCAAAAGGCCUGUAUUAUUGCUGUUAGCCAGGUUCACAUUGUAGGAUAGACUUAAGCCAGUUAUUUCCACCAAAGAGUACUGUGAAGAACUGGGGGGUGAGGUGGAGAAAAGCAAAAACGUAGCUGCUUAUUAUGUCAUCAUAACUUUAUAAGAAGUUCUGUUGAAUAGCUUCUAGUGAGGUAUUAAUAUACAAGCAUUUGCUGUCAGAGCUGAGAGCUGUGGUGCUUCUCAUUGAAGUUGACCAUUUCCCCAGCAGUAGGAUGAGUCCUGCAACAACAACUCUUGCUGUGAGAGCCCAGGCAGCUGUUUUCCCAAGUAAUAAAAUUGGCAAGAAAAAUACAACUUCUUCAACAAAUAACAGUCACUUAAGGGGGACCAAAAACUUGCUUACAAAAUACUGCCUAUCUGGAAAGUUCAGAUCAUAGGAAGGGGGAAAGAGGCUUCUGAAUUUCUGUGCUUGGGGAUAACUUUGAUGUCUGCAGCCUUCACUGGGUUUACCUGCAGUCAAGGGGCCAAACUUCAUGGCAAGGAGCUCAGGUGGUUUUGUAAUCUGCUGGCUGAACGGGUGUAGCUUGCUUAAAGUUGGCCGUGUGAUAUUUUCUUAGGAAUACUGGUAAAGGUUUGGCCAUGUCCUCACUUUUGCUAUAAGAUGUUGAGUUGCAAACUGGCUGUGAGCACUUGCAAAAAUGGCAUUUGGUAUUGCUGAGGUAUGCGCUCUACUCCCUUCUCCUGCAUUGCCCACCACUAGCAUAUUGGGUAGAGUGCAGUGGGCCUGAAUGGACAGCUCCUGUAUUGGAGCUCACAGAAUGCUACAAGAAACAGGCAUAAAAAUGUGCAACCCCUUUAUGUACUAGCAAUGAGAACAAGGGACUAAGCACACUAGCAUUUAUGGAAGGCCUACCUCAGCAGUAGUACCAAUUAUUGUUCAUAGAAAGCAACUAGAGCAACCUAAUUGUAGUUGUGUUUAUCUUAAUUUGAUCUUCUGUCCAGCUGUAUGUUUUGUUUUUUAUGGAAAAUGCAUUUCCCAACAAUGUGGAGGGAUGCAUGUUCCCAGGAUGUUGCCUAUCUGCUUUGCAAGUUGGUCUGGUGAGAAAAGGCAUUUUGAUUCGCGGAAUUAUUUCUAUCUUAAGUCUUCUGUGACCAAUGGUUCUGAUCAGCAAUUUUUUUUCCUGCUUGUAAUCUUGAGAAUAGCAGAUUUUGGGAUUCUUUUCCAUUUCUAGAUCUGAUUUCCUUUGCUGUUUGGGUUUGAAUUUAAAUUGUGAUAGAAUGUAAUAUUUGCAACAAAGUCUGGGUUAAGUUAAUCACAUGGAGGUAAAUGGAAUUGCCAUUAAGCUUCAACUAAAACAUGAUUUUUGAUACUUCUGUGACUUAAAAUACAGUCCUGUUCUGAGGUUACCAAUUGCAUAGAGAGGCUAACGCAUGCCUUCAAGUUUCAGUCGUGUAUGCUAUUGGAAGAAAGGGCUGAAAACAUACAUCUGGUAAUGUGUUACAAACACAUUUUUCCUUUUUAAGGCUGAAGGCUUUGUAUGAAGUCAUUGAAAGUAUUUUCUUUGCCUACUUAAGUGGCUUUGGGUGAGGUCUAUUGCUGAACUGUGUACUGCUCACUCUGCUCAUCGUGUACAAUAACAAAUACGAUCAAAUAUGAAUCAGCUAAUGAAACAAGCUGAAGAAAUACCAGGUAACUUGCAAUGCUUGUGUUACACUUUGCUGGUGUAAAGCAUGCUUGUCUUUGGGUGAAAAUAUAUAGUGAUUAUCAUGUCUGCUCUUCAGGGUGUGAGAGAAUGUUUCUGUGGCUAAUUGGUCCUAGGAGCUUAUGAGAAAUGUUAAAUAACCAGGUAGGUUCUUAAUGAGUUAUUUUUCUACUUUGUCUUUUUCUGGAGGAUGUGAAGAGUCAAGGAUGUGAGUAAUAAAAUAGAGGAAGAGGUGAUGCCAGAAGAUGAGGGAACGCACCUAUCUAAUCCAGAGGCAAAUUCUUCUACCAUUCCUUCUUCCUAUAUGAUACAGUGCAAACAUAAACAAGUAAUCAGAAAUAUUUUGUGUCAAAGCUGCAGAAUACUUCCAUGCAAAACAAAUAAGCACUGGAGGCCAGCUGCUUUAAAUGUACUUCUUAUAUUACUUCUGAAUGCGUUUUUUCUUUAUUUAUUGUUCCUUUUCUUGAACAAGCUGUGUUUCACUGAGAACUAAUUUUAUUUGUGUUUAGUAAACACCAGUAAUUCCAAAUUUGGAUGAUAAAAAUCUAAGUAGGUGGCAACUAUAUACACUUUGAGGAAAGCAGAGACAAAGAUUUUUAGUGUUAAUUAAAUAAUAUAUUUGAUAAAUUAGCUGCAAUUAACAAAAAAGAUCCUUGGUUUUAAGGUUCUGCAAAUAAUAAUUCACAAUUAAAAUUAAGCAACCUGUACUCAGUUUCUAAUUCUACACCAAGACAUUUGCAAGUGCUUUAUUUAUUGUACGUUCCUUUAGUUUUGAGAGGCUGAAGUAAUAUUCUGGUUUAAUGGUUUUCUUUGAUAAUGAUUUUUGCAUCUUUCAGUGCACAUUCUUAAGACUCUCUUUAACUGUGUGCUGCGACAAAGAAGGAAUGGAUUUCUUCACGAAGGAGACCGCAGUGCUGUUUGUGUCUCUGAUGUGUACUCAAAUUGGAGUGUGACUAUUGAGUGUUGUUUAAGGUAACAAUACAUUCAAGAGCAUGACUGAAAUACGGGUGUUACAUCUUAUUAAUGCUCCGUCUUGUGGUUCAAAGGAUGAAUUGGAAAUACAAUCUACUUAAACUAAUAAAUUCUAUCAGUUUGGUGGGGAAAGUGGGGAAAAAGCAGUGGGAUUUGAAGCCAAGCUUGAAUUAAAAAGGUUUUAUUUAUGGUAUUUUUGUGAAAAGCUGAGCACUUUCGUUCUGAAAUGUUGCUGUUUCUAAAACUGCUCCAUCAGAAUAAUGGUUUUGUUUGUUUGUUUGUUUUUUAAUUUAGGAAGCACUUGGACACUUCUGAGGUGUCCCCCCCCCACACACACACUUUUUUCUUUCUUUUUCCCCAGGACUACUUUUCAAACUUGACAGGUCUGCAAAUGUUUCUGUUCUCGUGAAAAUAAUUUCCUUUUUCCCCAGCAUAUUUUGACAAAUAGUAAAUAUUGGCUGAAAGAAAAUAGAACUGCUGAAUAUCAGUGUGCUGUGGAAGCAGGUAGCUGUAAAGUAUCGUGUCUUCAGUAACGUGUACUGUAGUCAUCUUCCUUUCUAGGAGUUACCCAGGCAGGAGCUGUAAGUGGAGCUGUAACACAGAAUUUGGAGGGUGAUGCAUUUAGGACACCAGGGAUCCAAUUUCACUGCUAUCUGGAACUGGCAUGGAUACAGACCCACGUGUAUUAGAGAAACAAGAACUUCAGCAGCCAACCUAUGUUGCUCUAAGUUACAUUAACAGGUUUAUGACUGAUGCAGCUCGACGUGAGCAGGAGUCUUUGAAGAAGAAGAUUCAGCCGAAACUCUCUUUGACUUUGUCAAGCACGGUGUCCCGUGGGAAUGUAUCCACUCCACCUCGCCACAGCAGUGGAAGCCUUACUCCUCCCGUCACCCCUCCAAUCACUCCUUCCUCUUCAUUUCGUAGCAGUACUCCAACAGGUAGUGAAUAUGAUGAGGAGGAAGUAGACUAUGAAGAAUCUGACAGCGAUGAGUCCUGGACUACAGAAAGUGCUAUCAGCUCUGAAGCUAUCCUUAGUUCAAUGUGCAUGAAUGGCGGGGACGAGAAACCUUUCGCCUGUCCUGUUCCUGGAUGUAAAAAAAGAUAUAAGAAUGUGAACGGCAUCAAGUACCACGCCAAGAAUGGCCACAGAACACAAAUCCGCGUACGCAAACCCUUCAAAUGUCGCUGCGGAAAGAGUUACAAGACAGCUCAGGGCCUGCGGCACCACACAAUCAAUUUCCACCCCCCCGUGUCUGCUGAGAUUAUCAGGAAGAUGCAGCAAUAACAUGCUGGUCACAAAUGUGCCAAGAAAUCCUCACCAGCAGUUGCUGAUUUUGAGAACAGCCACCUUUUUCAGGGGAAGCAUUCAGCAACCCUUUAAACAAUUAAAUGCAUGCUUUAAAAUUUUCUGUAAUUUUGGAAUGAUGUAUCUUUGUAGAGUUAAUGAUUUUGUACAUUUGCACAUGUAAUCAUCGUACCCAUUUUCAUUACUUCGAGAUAAGGUGCUAUAAAAGCUAUAGAUUCUUCAGAUCUUUUUUUUUUUUUUUUUUCCUCCAAAAGCAAAAGAAUCAAUUAGGGGGCGUGGCGCAUUCAGUUGUACGGCAGCGUUGAAUAGGAGUAAGAGGAGGAGAGCUUGGCACUGACAUCCUUUCAAGAUUGUAACGUGACGAGGGCGCUGGAUGCGUCUGUCAGUGUGCGUGCAAAACCAAAACGAGACCACCGUUGUCAAACCAUAGCUAACAUGCCUUACGUAUGGAGUUAUCAGUGGAGUAGCGAGUCUUUUAGGUAACGGAAAUAUAAAUAAGAAAGAAUGUUUAACAUAAUAUGCUAAAAAUAUUUUCAUACUUAAAUAACAUACAUAAGAAGGUGUGCUUGCUGUAUUUUAUAUUCUCUUGCAAAUCUUCCCCUCCUUCCCCUCCCCCCCUCUUGAAAUGCUGAAAAUCUUGCCAUUUGAACUAGUAAACAAUCACAUUAGCGUUAGAAAUCUGCUUUUCCUUUUGUACGAGAUGUCGUAUUACGUUCAUGCCCAUCAGACUUCGGAGGACCAACAUCCCAGUCCAGCUCAGUAGUUACCCCUGAAGUAUCUCUUAGAAAGACGCUUGGAAAUACUUAAGUGCAAAUUUAUGUGUGUGUGAGAAAGAAUUAUCUUCAUCUCAGAUGAAGUUCUAAAGCACUUUGUAGUUCUCUAUUGCCAACAGAUUUAAUGUUUUAUGUGUUGCCAAUUCUUGCAACUGCUGUACUGGCGUGUGCCUGUGGUUGCAAAUAAAAAGUAAGAAUUCUGCGCAUGGUUUAAGGAGGUCCGUUCUUUGUGCUAAGGGAGCUUCUAACGUCUCUCCCUCACGUUCGUUGUGUUUUCACAUUUCCUUUGUGCAUUUUUUGCUUCUUAUUGUCAGUCGCCGCAUUCCCUUUGGAAGCGUCUGUUUAGCUUUACAGUUAAUUUUGCUAAAAUGUGACAUAUGAGCCUUACUGAAGAUUAAGUGCUUCUUGCAGCAGGUGGUCAGAGGUUGACUUAGAAGUCAACGCGAGAGCUCCGUGUCUGGACCAUACCUGAACAUUUGUUGCUUACCAUCCUGCCUUGAGCAUUCUUCUCUCACAAGUGCUAUUCCUGGAAUGCAGCUGGCCAGUUGCAUCAGGUGGGCACCCCCACCUCGAAACAUUUCUGACACGGUGAGGAAUGCAAAAUUUUCAGUGCAGCAAUCGCCUUUGCUUAUUUCCUGUCCUUCUAAGUGCAAAAGAAAGCUCACGUGUGAGGAAUAAGCCUUCCCUUUGUUCUGUUCCAAAGCUUUAAAGGAAGAUGUUUGGAGGGUAACAGUUGCCUGUUCUUCAGCUGAGUAAAAGUCCCUCUGAAAGGCUGGGCCUCAUCCCGAUCCAAUACACGUAGAACAUCCCUAUUAAAACAAAACGCCUCUUUUUCCAACCCUAACGAGACGGCAGCGGCUGUACUGCACAGCGCUGUCAGCUGGGCUCUAAGGAUGAUCCAGACAUGAGAACUGGUGGUGCACCAAAGGCCCCAGGUGGCCGUUUCCUACCUUCUGCAGUUUUGGCAACAGAUGUGGCCAACAACUCUGUCCUGGCUCUGCUCCUAGUGCAAGAACCUACAGGCUGGGUAAGUAAAUCCAACAGCUAAACAGUCGUAAAACGUCAUUGUUGCAUGUAAAUUCCUUUCAACUAUAAAAAUGAAAUUCCAGUUUCUAUUUACCUAUUCAUUGUGACAGUAUUAUUAAACAGGUAAAGAUGGGACUAUUUUGUUAUACUGUGUAUAGUGAAUGUAUUGUACUGUGUCUGUGAAAAAGUGUGCUUUAAAUUAUAUUUUCAUAUGUUUUGUUGGGGACAAAGUCUUUAAGUUUGAAAGUGACAGAGGUUUGUUUGAGAACUGAAGGCAACUUAACAAAUUCCUGUCAAGAAAGCUGCUUAUAAAUGUAAAUCAAAUCACAUUUAAAAUAAACUGCCUCUGACCUAAAAA